CGAAAAUCGAAACAAGAGAAUUUUGAUCAAUUAAACAUUCGUAUAAGAUUCGCGCCUUAUCAUAACCUCAAAAUGUACGCAAAUACAAAUAUGUUAACUUUCAGACUUUCAGAAGAAGAAGAAGUUUAGAACGUUUAUAAAUUUGUUUUAAAAGAAAUUUGUUUUAAAAUCGUAAAAUUAAAGGAAAAAUUUGAAUAUUACUUUUUUAUUUAAAAAAAAACGCGCAUGAGCACUAGCGACAAGUAGAAAAAUUAUUUCUGUCAGUCGUGUUGUCGAAGUCAAAGAAUGUGGAUUGCUUCGAUGAAUUUCUUAUGAUAACGUGCGAUAUUAAUACAUAUAUUAAGAGUAGAGAUUGUUAAAUAUUAUAUCGAUGUCAAACGUGAAAAUAAAGACAACGCCUCGAAUAAAUUUGACUGAGAGUUUACGUCAUAAUCCGCGUGAGGAAAAAUUCAUGAUUGUCUGAUGUAAGAAAUUUUUUUCUCGUAUUUUUAUUUUUUUUUUUCGAAACAUUUUUCGAAAAUUUUUCUCGUCUCCCUGCUGUGCGCUCUUUUCUUUCUUUCUCUCUCAUAUGUAUAAUAAAUAUUUAUGUACAUAAAAAAUAUAGAAAAAGAGGCAAAGUGCCUAUGAAAAUAUGUAUUAGUUAUAUCGUAAUGUGUGGUGAAUAUAGUGAAAAAAAAGUGUGAGUGUGUAAUUUUUUUUAAAUGAAAUUGCAAUUGACAAAAUGAGUAAACAAAACGGAUCAUGUUGGUGGUGUUUGAAGGCAGUCAAAUGGAUUCCAGUUAUCUUUAUUUUAACAACCGUUGGCUGGUCUUACUACGCUUAUAUAGUUCAAUUCUGCUUUUAUACUCUUGAGAGUGCAGUGCAAAGAGUUUUCUACCUGAUUUUCUUCCACGCGCUGUUUGCGAUGUUUACCUGGUCGUAUUGUCAAACUGUCUUCACAGAAUUAACUCCAAUUCCUGAUAAGUUUAAAAUACCGGCAGUCGAAAUGGAGAAACUUUUAACAGCUGAAACGGAGGAUAUUAUAAGGCAAAUUUUGGAUCGUUUAGCACAGGAUCUUCCGAUAACGAAUCGAACCGUUAAAGGGGUUGUGCGCUAUUGCGAGCAGUGUUAUGUUGUAAAGCCAGAUAGAGCGCAUCAUUGCAGCGUUUGCGGGACGUGCGUUUUGAAAAUGGAUCAUCAUUGUCCCUGGGUGAAUAAUUGCGUUGGCUUCCAUAAUUAUAAAUUCUUCAUGUUAUUCUUAGCUUACGCAUUUUUAUAUUGCACAUUUAUUACUGCCACGACACUGGAGUAUUUUGUGCGCUUUUGGAAGAAUGAUUUACACGAAACGGUCAAGUUUCAUGUUCUUUUCUUGUUUUUUAUUGCAAUAAUGUUUGCAGUAAGUCUCAAUUCACUUUUCUUCUACCAUUGCUACCUCAUUUUACGAAACAGAUCGACACUAGAGGCUUACAGACCGCCAAUGUUCCGCAGUGGACAAGAUAAAAACGCUUAUAGCCUUGGAAAGUAUAAUAAUUUUCAAGAAGUAUUUGGAGACAAUACACGUCUCUGGUUCCUACCAAUUUUCACUAGUCUUGGCAAUGGAGUCAACUAUCCACUUCGCCUACAAGACGAUGGUGCCCCGAAUUCAUACAACUCGAUGGGCAACACUCAAAACAGCUUUGGCGAUGGGAUUUCCUUCCCCGAGAGGCUCGCCGAUGAAGACACCCACACGCUUCUCGGCGUGGAGGUUCAACGGUGGGGAGAGGAGACCGAACUCGACUCUCCACCUCUCUCCUCCAGGUCUCGUGAAGCACUGCUGUCUUAGGACCUUCAGUUGAAGUAAGUCAGCGUCUUGUGGAUCCUGCCGAUGUCGUCUGAGUGCCGAGAUUUCAAUAAAUAAAAUUCGAUCGGAGAUUGUUUUUUCUAAAAAAUCUCCUCUCUGCACAAAUCGUAAAAAAAAUAUUUCAAUGCCUUUUGUCGAAAUGAAAAAAAAAGAAGAGGCAAAUUAUCAUUAUCAGAGUUGUGACGUUUUAUUUUUCUAUCAAUUAACGUUGUUUUCAGUGAUAAACAAUAUUAAUUGAGAGGAAGAGAGAAAAAAAAAGAAACGAGUGAAAUAGAAAUUAUAAAUAGGGUCAGUUGGGGUAAAUGUAAA